UGUCAAUGUCAAUUCGUUACGUAACCUUAUUUAUUGAUGCGCUUGAGUCUCAACUUUCCCGCAUCCUCAAACUCCCAAUCUCAAUGCCCUACGAUGAAUCUUUGACAGAUUCGCAAUAACCUGUUUCGUUUUCAUCACCUUGGAUGCUAGGACGGAACAACAUGUCGACCGAAUCCCGUACUACUCAGCCAGAACGACCUCAGAUAUCGGUUCAGACGAAGACCCCAAGCCAACAGACAGUAUUGAGCCGCUUACAGGGUUUAUUUCCCAACCCUCCUGGUUCUGGCUCCCCUAUAUCUGGUAUCAAUGACUUAGGGACAAAUGAGAAGCAGUCACGACCAGGUCGCUCGCAUCGAUUCCUCAAUAAUCCCAAGUCGCUCAAAGUAAGGAUCUUGACAUGGAAUAUGCAUGAUUCUAUCCCGAAAGGAGCUUUGGAAGAAUUAUUCGGCAAGGUUCCCUUGUAUACACCUUCUGUGGCAUCCACAUCCCUGCCGCAGUUCGCAACAGACACAGAUCAUCCAUAUCAUCUCAUCGUUGUAGCUGGUCAGGAAUGUCCCUCAAGUUCAGGAAUUCCAAUGGGCUUGGGAACAGGCUUCAAACUGUAUGAUAAGGACAGAGAAGACCGUGAAAAGGACGACAAGCCUCGAUCCUUGAAACAUAGUUACAAGGAAGAGGCAAUCAAAUCAAAGAAAAGCUAUGAGGACCUUUUGCACGACAGCCCGCCGAGCGGUUGGACAUCCAUGAUUGAAGAUUGGCUCUGUCACGGUGGAUAUGCUACAAGAACCCCUGAAACGUCGGAAAUCAGUACGCCGAAGCGGCUGUCACCUCGUUUUGCAUCGAAGGAACCCAAGCGGGGUCCAUAUCAACUGUUGUGUAAAGAGCGCUUGCUCGGUAUCUAUCUUGCCAUUUAUAUUCACCGAGAUGUCCGGCGGUUCGUCCUUGGAACAUCGAAAUCGACAGUUACGUCCGGACUCAUGGGCGGAAGAUGGGGUAACAAAGGAGGCGUCGGUGUCAGUGUGAAUAUUGACGGAAAAACUUUCCUAUUCCUCAACUGUCACCUAGCCGCUCAACAAGAUAAAGCAAACCUGAAGGACAGAUUAAAUAAUUAUAACAAGAUAAAAGCCGAACUCGCGGUCGAUGACUUCCUUUCCAAUGACGACCCAAGGGUGAUGGCGGAAGAUAUCACCGACAAAUUUGAUUAUACCUUUGUUUUCGGUGAUCUCAAUUUUCGCCUGGAUAUAUCACGAUUGCAUGCGGACUGGUUGAUAUCACGGCAAGAUUAUGUGCAGGCUCUUGCGUUUGAUCAAUUGAAGAAUCUCAUGCAGAACGGACGAGCGUUCGUAGGUUUCCGCGAAGCGCCGAUAAACUUUCCGCCCACCUUCAAAUACGAUGUCCUGCGUACACUGAAGGGCGCUAAACGCCGUCAAUUGAAGUUGGAAAGAUGGAAAAGUGAUCGUGUACAACGCCUGACCGACGUAACGGAAAAGGACGGAGCCGCUGUCGAGGAUGUUGACAAGUCGAGUGAUGAAGGCGACGGGGAGGUUGCAUCCGUUGCGUCAUCUGUCUGGACCUCUACGAACUCGCGCCAUCGCCAAGACCCUGACCAGGAGGAGGGUUAUUUCCAUGGGCAAGGAAUGUCGAGGAGCUCGAGCUCUAAACUAUCGAUAUCUGUGUCUGUUGCAGCUCAGAAAGCCAGAACGAAGUGGCUCUCUUUACUCGGCCCUUCAUCUGUACCUGCGAGCCCAACGAAAUGGCUGAGAUCCAAGUCAUCUCUCGUCGAGGCAACUACAGCUAGAAAUCAACGGGAAAGCUCGGAGGAAGUCAUCCCGGAAUUGAAGGUGCAAAGGGAGGGCAGUGAAGAUAGUCCGGAUUUGGGAACUGAUGCGACCUUGGUGCCACCACCUUUGGGAAGACUCAGAUCUACCAAAUCCAACACCAGCUUACAGAGCGAUGAUGACUAUGACGAGAAUAAGGGUGUUUACGAUACGUCGUCCAAGAAGCGUGUUCCAAGCUGGUGCGACAGGAUACUUUGGAAAUCAACUGUAGAACCCGAUCCUGAACCAGAAGUCGACGAUACCGACAGUCACUACAGGCCCCGAACCCGCGUUGGCCAAUUUCUGGCGAACGCCUUCCGCCCGCAUUCAACUCGCUCACGUCGAAGCUCUGUCGCAUCCGUCACGACUUUCGGCGCAUCGUCCACUGCGACGACUGGAAACUCUAUUAACAGUGAUUCGCCGUUACCUUCUCCCGAGCUAUUGGAGAGCAUAAUACCAUUUUCACGGUUUGUUUACCCUGAAUCUCGCCCCACGACUCUCUGUCAGCCGGUUAACGCAAACUCCCUGGAAAAUCUAACGCUCGGGCACACUAGAAAUACUCUAAAUGAAGGGGACUCCAGAUCACCUCAGCCUGAAACCCCGUCCCUGCCUGUGUCAAAUAUAUCCAAACGGGGUUCCGGUAUCGUUAACUCAGACAGCCCCACCAACCACAAAGAGCAUACCCUUCCUCCUUCUCGCUGGCGUUUUUUACAGUCAUUCCUUACCCAUCAUUCAAGUGGGAGUACUUCAUCUGAUAAUUCUAUCGUUGUUCCAUCCACCAAGUUGCCGCGGAAGGGAGACGUAGUUUGCUUGAGUUAUAAUACUCUGGAUGAUAAGGGCAUGAGACGCUUGGAAGGGCGAAGCGAUCACAGACCUGUAAUUGGCUCCUAUGCAGUUUACCUCUAG